ACACAGAACAAAGUUGGCACAUCCAACAAAUCUCUUUAUCUUCACCUUUUUUGAAUGUAAAUUUUGUAAACUGAGUUUUACCUUUUAUCCAGGUUUUGCUCUAAGUUGUUCAUCUCAAUUUGAGUUAACCUUGACUGUAUUGGCAAUUAAAUCAUGAAUAGAUCGAGUGAUGGUAAAGAACUGUGUUCCUAUAUUCACCGUAUAUGCCUUCAGAACAAGCUGGAUGGAUUUGAUUACUGUAUUCGUCAUAUCUUAGUUGAUAAAAGUGCUCCUUUCAAACAAUGCACCUUUAUUCAUCCAAUUUCAAACAAAAGAUGUCCAAAUGCUGCAAGAAAAUCUGAACGAAGUAGCCAAAUUCUUUGCCCUUGGCAUAUCAAGAAGAUGUUCUUGAAGUCAAAACAUCAUCAAUUGCAUCAACAGUUGCAACAAAAUAUUGAAGAAGCCAAAGCAAAAAGAGAAGGAUUGAGUGGUCUUUUACUUCAGUUGGAGCACUACGCUUACAGUCAAGAUCCUACAAAGAGAAGAGCCAACAUCAAUUGGGUAAAACAGGAUGAUGAUAACAGUAUUACAGCCAGUGAUUAUUUGAGAAAUAAAAUAUCAGAAGCUGCUGUUGAAUCUUUAGAUCAAGAGUCUGAUGAGGAAUCGAGUAAUCCUAUGUUGGAAGAUGUUCUACGUCCAGAUCUUCUUGAUUCAGAUUCAGAGAAUUUUGACAGUGAUCAAGAUGAUCCUUUAAAGCACGCUGGUGUUUAUACAGCAGAGGAAGUUUCUCUCAUAUUGAGAGACAAAAUGUUGAAGCUUCAGUCGCUGUACAUAGGGCAAUUCAAGCAUCUACAAUAUCUACUUCGAGAAAAGUACAAAAAAUAUAUACAAUCUUUGCAAAUCGAAAAAGAGGCAGAAGUCUUGAUGGGAGAUGCUGGUGAUUGUGAUGGAUCUGACUCAAGCUACUCUGAAGAUGACGUUUACAAAUUACGAGCUUUGGUUAAAUACCACAGGUAUCGUGGACCAGAAGCUUUACUCAAAGACAAAGCUCGAGAAAAAAGAAGAGCUUUGCUGGAAGGAGAGAAUUUCAAGCCAAAAAUCUAUGCGAAAUGUAUUUUUAACAAAGAAGUUCAAUGCCAGAAUCAAGCACUCCCUUUAUCCCAUUAUUGUAAAUCUCAUAUUCUUUAUGAUUCUAAUCAAGUUCUCUUUAGACCUUGUGCGGCGGGGGAACCGCCAUGUUUUAAUCCUGUUAUUUCAAUUCGUCGCCAUCAUACAUGUAUGCUUCACAGUGAUCUCAAACAAAACCCUGAAAUCGACAACUUAGUUCUGAACUUAGAAAAAUAAUGACAUCUCAUCGGUUCAUUUCUACUCUUCAACUCUAUCAAUAUAAAUUUAUCUAACCUAUUCCUUUAAAUAUGGUAUGAAUUAAAAACAAUAAAAGCUGUAUUAGUAAAUCAAUUUAAUCAAA